AUGGGUAAGGAGGACAAGACUCACCUCAACGUCGUCGUCAUCGGCCACGUCGACUCUGGCAAGUCGACCACCACCGGUCACUUGAUCUACCAGUGCGGUGGUAUCGACAAGCGAACCAUCGAGAAGUUCGAGAAGGAAGCCGCUGAGCUCGGUAAGGGUUCCUUCAAGUACGCCUGGGUCCUUGACAAGCUCAAGGCCGAGCGUGAGCGUGGUAUCACCAUCGACAUUGCCCUCUGGAAGUUCGAGACUCCCCGCUACUAUGUCACCGUCAUUGACGCCCCCGGCCACCGUGAUUUCAUCAAGAACAUGAUCACUGGUACUUCCCAGGCCGAUUGCGCCAUUCUCAUCAUUGCCGCCGGUACUGGUGAGUUCGAGGCUGGUAUCUCCAAGGAUGGCCAGACCCGUGAGCACGCCCUGCUCGCCUACACCCUCGGUGUCAAGAACCUCAUUGUUGCCAUCAACAAGAUGGACACCACCAAGUGGUCCGAGUCCCGUUACCAGGAGAUCAUCAAGGAGACCUCCAACUUCAUCAAGAAGGUCGGCUACAACCCCAAGGCUGUCGCUUUCGUCCCCAUCUCCGGUUUCAACGGCGACAACAUGCUUACUCCCUCCACCAACUGCCCCUGGUACAAGGGCUGGGAGCGUGAGAUCAAGUCCGGCAAGCUCACUGGCAAGACCCUCCUCGAGGCCAUUGACUCCAUCGAGCCCCCCAAGCGUCCCGUCGACAAGCCCCUCCGACUUCCCCUCCAGGAUGUCUACAAGAUCGGUGGUAUUGGCACGGUUCCCGUCGGCCGUAUCGAGACUGGUGUCAUCAAGCCCGGUAUGGUCGUUACCUUCGCCCCCUCCAACGUCACCACUGAAGUCAAGUCCGUCGAGAUGCACCACGAGCAGCUCUCUGAGGGUCUUCCCGGUGACAACGUCGGCUUCAACGUGAAGAACGUCUCCGUCAAGGAGAUCCGACGUGGCAACGUCGCUGGUGACUCCAAGAACGACCCCCCUCUGGGUGCCGCCUCUUUCACCGCCCAGGUCAUUGUCCUCAACCACCCUGGCCAGGUCGGUGCCGGUUACGCCCCCGUUCUGGACUGCCACACUGCCCACAUUGCCUGCAAGUUCGCCGAGAUCCAGGAGAAGAUCGACCGCCGAACUGGUAAGGCUGUUGAGUCCGCCCCCAAGUUCAUCAAGUCUGGUGACUCCGCCAUCGUCAAGAUGGUUCCCUCCAAGCCCAUGUGCGUUGAGGCUUUCACUGACUACCCCCCUCUGGGCCGUUUCGCCGUCCGUGACAUGCGACAGACCGUUGCUGUCGGUGUCAUCAAGGCCGUCGAGAAGGCUGCUGCUGGCUCCGGCAAGGUCACCAAGUCCGCUGCCAAGGCUGCCAAGAAGUAA